CGCAAGCUCUGAUCAAUUCAUUAUAAAAGUCCAGACGGCACCUGCCUGCUAACCAUGAUCCAACUAUUCAUCGCACUCAUUCAUCGACUCGAGAGACAAACCAUCGCUCUUUCCUGACGCCUGAGCUCUCACCACCACCAACUGAAAGAUUCCACUCUCGACUCCACGAAUAUGCGGGCGAAGACGCUCAUCGCCGUCACCGCGACCAUUGGCGCAGCCUCUGGCAUCGUUGCACCCCUUCACCGCCGCACUGGCAACAGCACGAGCCAUGCACAGGACAAUCCUGCGCCCCUGAUUGCUACACUCAACAGUUUCUGGUUCGACGUCGAGGUCCAGAUUGGGAACCAGACCUUUUACCUGCUUGUCGACACUGGAAGCAGCGACACUUGGGUUGCUGCCGAUGGCUACACUUGCAUCGAUCCCGCCGACAACCGUGUGCUGCCUUCAGAGGAAUGCAUGUGGUCACCAACGUACACCGUGCCUCAGUCCAUGCGCUACAUCCAGAAUCAAACCUUUGGCGUCAAAUACGGAACAGGCGUCGCCCUCGGAAAACUCGGGAUUGAGAGUGUCACUGUUGGCGGCAUAACAGUUCAGGAACAAGCUAUUGGCAUCGUCGACCGCGCAACUGACAAGGGAGAUGGCGUCAACAGCGGCAUCCUGGGCCUCGGUUUCCCAAUGCUUACCUCCGCCCAUCCAGGGACUGUACUGGAGAACGACACAAUGUCCCUGAUAACCAAUCGCAUACCCUACGAACCUACGUUUGUCAACAUGUACAAGAAGGGUCUGGUCGAAUCAUGGUACAGUAUCGCAAUCAACCGCCUCCCCCGAGAUGUGGCAUCGGGCAUGGGAGGCUGGCUGGGUCUUGGCGAGCUUCCUCCUGUCGAACACACAGAUGACUGGGCCGUUGCGCCUAUAGAAAUCACCGAGGGUAUCCCCGACGAGUUCUACCCUGGUGGCAAGCCAGUGAUCAGCUUGAUGACUCUGACGGUCGACGGAGCCUCCUGGGGCUCCUCAUCUCCUUAUACCACCAACACGACAAAGUUACAAGCCGUGGUGGACUCUGGCAAUAAUAUGAACCUCGUGCCAAUCGAGAUCGCCGAGUCUGUCAACGGUCUGUUCGAGCCGCCGGCCACGUUCAAACAGGACUUGGACAUUUACGUGGUCGACUGCCAUGCCAAGCCUCCAAGCUUUGGGGUCACCAUCGAUGGACAUACCUUUUGGCACGACCCCGAAGACAUGAUUUCAAAAGAUAACACCACAGGCCUCUGCUACAGCACCCUCGGCAAUUCCGCUGACGGACUCGGAACCCAGAUGAGCUUUCUUGGCGACGCCUUUAUGAAGAAUGUAGUGUCUGUGUUCGACUUUGGGAAAACAGAAAUGAGGUUCGCUGCCCGUACGGAAAACGCGCAAACGACGGCCUCGCCCCUACCAACGCCUUCAGCGUUGAGCGCAAGUCCCCCCAGCUUCGCCUGCCAGGGAAUCUGGCUCUGGGUCCUCCUGGCUCUCAUGGCCCAGGCACUUUUGGCUUGAUCGACACUGUCAGAGUUUCCGAGCUGGGGGUCAAUCGCAGGUUGUGUCAUUGGUCAGCGUUGAUCACAUCGGUACAUCACAAGAGAUUGAAAGGAGCAGGAGAACUAAGGUUGACACAGAAAGACUUUCCUUUGU